AUGGCGGACGAACUUGGCGAAAUUGCAGAAAUUGCCACAGGGUCAGAAACAAAAGUAUCGAAACGAAAACUUAAACGACUUCAAGUAAGGAGGAGCUCUUGGUUUAUUUUAUUGGUAAAGGGCAUGUGCUUAUUUUUUCACCCGCAGAGAAUCACACAAAGUUUACUGCGAAUCCCGCUCUUGUCACACAAUUCGAAACAGCCACCCUUCAGUUUAAGAAAAGUUUUCUUGGCUUAGCAGCCAUGGUACGUAUAGCGGAGUUCUUAGAAGCACAAGGUAUCUACGUGAUGCUUGGGAUGGAUUUGAGCUGAAAACACUGUCUCUUAGAGCGGGCACUUUACUGAACCAUGGAUGCAUCACAUCUCUUUCAUUUGGCAUGUUUUUCCUAGCCAGAUCUGCUUAGCAUUUCCUCAUAGAACGAAAAAUCAACCUUGAUGUGCUUGAUAUUUAAGAAGAUAAUUACAAAUGAUAAGCCACAGGUUCAAUAUUGUGAGUAAAACCGUGAUGGUAGAGGACAAAACACUAACCCCAGCCCAUGGACUACCCUGAUGGACUACCCUUAUUAAGGCCAUAUGGACUAUUGACCAGCCAUUAUUUUAAGUGCUGAAGGUGGACAAUGUCCAGUUCGAAUGUAACCUGCGAGCAAAGUCUCCUUCGAUCUUCCUAGAAAAUAUUGAGAAGAGGAAGAAGUCUUGGAAGAUGGAAGGAGACUCUGCUCCCUGAAAUAGCGUCUUGACUGUACAAAAGCUCCAUUCACCAGUCAUGUUGACCGGUCAAACAGACUCUUAUUCUUGAACAAACAGCCAACUCCUCAGCUGUAAAUCUUAGAUUUUGUCCCUUUGAUAAAUACAAUCACGUUUACUAAUAGAACAUGUUUUCCAACGUUCCGACCUGUCAGAAAAUGAGACUUUACCUGCUACAAAAAUUUCUUUGGCCAAUCAUCAUGUCCAGCCACCGUCCAAUAAUAUUUUUUUGAGCCCAGACCUUUUGAAUACACUAUUAUGCGGGAUAUAGGUAACUACCAGUAAAAUUAUCCACAGGGUAGUCCAUGGACUGGGAGAUCAGUGUUUUGUCCACUUCCAACUGUAGCAGUCCUCAAAGCUUAUUAUUAUUUGUUUUUAAGGUUGAAGCCGCUUCAAAGUUAAGAUGCAGUGUAUGUGUCAACAAAAGGUUUACAUCUCUGAAGAUGUACGAUGACCACAUGGCUUCUAAAAAUCACAGAAAAAAGGAAUUAAGAAAAAAUACCUCAGGAGUGUGGGUUUGUCAGGCAUGUGAUCUCACAUUAAACUCGCAAACAGAAUGGGUAAGGGUAUUCUAAUAUUUUCUAAUGCACUUAAUAUCAACCUUUUACUGUUGUUGAUAUCUUUUUUGUCGUGUACGCAGGGAAACAUUUGUAGUUUCAACCUUUUUGUAGGUUUAACCCAUCCCAGUGAGCCAACCCUAGAUUUGCCCCAGUAUGUUUAUAAUAAUAGUAAUCAUCUUUAUUGAGGAAACUUUAUCAUAAAAGAUAUGGUUUUCAAAAAGGACCUCAAAACUAGAUAUAUAUUAUAAAAACAAAAAAAGCUAUAAAAUUGCAAAGGGAUUAAAAAGAUAUAAAAAAUGCAUAAAAAAUUAAAAAUAAGUAUAAGUAAAAAUUAAACGUAAGUAGCUAUAUUAAAAACUUAAAAACAUUACGUUUAAAACUAUUUACAUUCCUUGAGUCUUUGAUUAUGCAUUUUCUGUUUCUUUUGAUUUUCAGAUGAAGCAUCUGUGUGGAAGGCGACAUCAUGAAAAACUCACACAGUGGAGUCUGGAGCUAUUUCCAACCAGUUCUCCAAUAAGACAAAGGGAAAUAGAUUUACUGGAUGACUCUAAAUAUCAAGAAUUUGAGGAGGACAAUGAAGAUGGCAUGGUUGAAUAA